UGUGUGUUUAGUUUCAGAGAUGGCUGACAGAAAGAGCAGCAGCGGCUCUCGCCUGACCGUCAGGAGGAAAGAGAAAGCAGAAAAUGAGGCAAAGAAAGAGGAUAAACCUCCGAAAGAAGGAGAGAAACCUGAGGUAAAUGGGAAGAACGCGCCCGUGGAGAACGGAGAGGCUGCUGCCGCCGUCACCGGUGCAGAGAAUGGAGCCGCAGCGAACGGAGAUAAACCUGAGCCAAUGGAGCUGCCGCCGUUUGAGAUCAUCACAGGGGAUCGCAUGGACCCAUUUUUCUUCAAGUUCCAGUUUAAGAAUGUCGAGUACUCGUCCGGCCGGAAUAAAACCUUCUUGUGUUAUCUGGUGGACCAGGGCUCGGACGGCCUCCUCCGGGGCUACAUCGAAGACGAGCACGCGGGCGGCCACGCCGAGGAGGCGUUCUUCCAGCAGGUCCUGCCCAACUAUGACCCCGCCUGCAAAUACACCAUCACAUGGUACAUGUCGUCCAGCCCAUGUGCCGUCUGCGCCGGAAAGUUGGCGGAGGUCCUGAAGUCCAGGAAAAGCGUCCGUCUGGCGAUCUUCUCCGCGCGACUCUUCGAGUGGGAGGAGCCUGAGAUUCAGGCGGGGCUAAAGGCGCUGGCGGCUGCUGGCUGCAAACUGCGCAUGAUGAAGCCGCUGGAUUUCACCUACACCUGGGACACGUUCGUAGAGAACGACGAGGAGCAGUUCACGCCGUGGGAGGACUGCCAGGAGAACUACGAGUACUAUCAAGAUAAACUGGCCGACAUCCUGCAGUGAUGGUAAUGAAAUGAUAGUGGACGUACACUUGUACAAAAGUGAAGAGAGAGUGUUUGUGUGCAUGAGAGAGAAACCCAAACCUUUCACUUUCUGCAUCAAGAGACGUUUAGUUACUUGUGAUUUCUACCGUGAGGGUUUGAAAUCCGAGAAUCCUGUAAAACUGAUGGAUUACUUUAGUACUUUUAUGUUUUCUGCAGCGAGAGGAUUUAUACUUUUUAAUAAUUCGUUUCAAGUUUGAAUGAAUCACUGCGUUUUGUUCAUCUGCUUACUUUUCUUUGAUGUGAAGCAUUUCAUAUUUCAUACUGUUUUAUAUUCUGACCCAGUUAACAAAAAUACUUUUUGCCAGCGUUUCCAUUAAGUUAUGAAAACGUUAUUUCUGAAUGUUCUCUGAACGUUCAAAACAUCCAGUUUUUAGUUAUUGUUUCUUGGUUACGCGAACGUUAAGGAAACAUUCCAUUUAUCAUUCUUCAAACAUUAUGGGGACGUUACUUUUCGAUGUUCUCUGAACGUUUAAAAAAGACAAACAUCCAACUAAAACGUGUCAGAAAUAAAACGUUUGUUCAUAACUUUGAGAUAACGUUGCCUGUUAGCUGGGUGGAACUUCAAUUUUACUUCAUCAUUUUAUAUUCAUGCACAAAUUCAUACUGGGCACUGUGAAAUUCAUAAUGUUUUGUAUUAAUACUUUGCAAACUAAACUCAAAUUAGAUUUGCAGCUGUAGGCCUAUAUGACAUAGUUGUGCAAGCAAUAAAUAUAGGCUACUAAAUGGAAACGACCUUCACUAUUGUUAGAAAAACGAAUAAAAAUGCAUUGUUUUGG